CACAGGUGAUACUUUAAAGGAGCUCUCUCACGAGAUCCAACGCCUCCCUUCUUCUUCUUUCUUCUCCUUCUUCUAGCAUUCUCUUUUCUCUCCACUGUAUCUCAAUGGCGCUCUCUCGAUCGCUUCACCUCAUCUCUUCACUUCCCCUAUCAUUAUCUCCUCCUCCGCCUCCUACCUUUAAACCCACCGCUCUCUCAUCCAAAGCCCUAUCUCUCCCAUUUCGUACAAACACUCGCCAUCGAUCUCUCAACCGAAUCCUAUCAGCAGCCGCUACCACCGCGACCGCACCCCCGACGGAUCUGAUCAUAAAUGCCGGCGAUGACUUGCCGGAGGAGUACGGGUCGGAGUUCCCGUCGCGGGAUCCGACCCGCCGGAGGAGGGCGGGGGUUCUUCUCCACCCGAGCUCGUUGCCUGGGCCCUACGGGAUCGGGGAUUUUGGGGACAAUGCUUUUAGGUUCUUGGAUUGGCUUCACUCUGCUGGUUUCUCUGUUUGGCAGGUGCUACCACUUGUUCCCCCAGGGAGAAAGUCCAACGAAGACGGAUCCCCAUAUUCAGGCCAGGAUGCGAACUGUGGAAACACCCUUUUGAUCUCCCUUGAAGAACUCGUCAAAGAUGGCCUUUUAAUGGCUGAUGAACUUCCGGAAGCCAUGAAAGUGGAGCAAGUUCAAUUUGCAGCAGUUGCAGGUGUAAAAGAUCCUUUAAUAGCGAAGGCAGCAAAGAGGCUCAUUUCAAGUCGAGGAAAGCUCAAAAGACAGCUUGACAAUUUCCGCAAAGACCCGAGAAUUUCAUGUUGGCUUGAAGACGCUGCACUUUUUGCAGCUAUUGACCAUAGCAUUGAUUCAUUUUCCUGGAGUGAGUGGCCUGAAUGUCUGAAAAACCGCCAUCUUGGAGCUUUGGAAGACAUGUAUCAAAGCCAUAAGGAUUAUAUAGAUACAUUUACCGCCCAACAAUUUUUGUUUCAGAAGCAAUGGCAGAAAGUUCGCAAUUAUGCACAAAAUAUGGGAAUUAAGAUUAUGGGUGAUAUGCCUAUUUAUGUAGGUCAUCACAGUGCAGAUGUGUGGGCAAACAAGAGAUCAUUUAUGCUGGAUAGGAGUGGCUUUCCCAUUCUUGUUAGCGGUGUCCCCCCUGAUGCCUUCAGUGAAACUGGUCAGCUAUGGGGCAGCCCUCUAUAUGAUUGGAGAGCCAUGGAGGAAAAUGGAUAUGCAUGGUGGAUACAGAGAAUAAACCGAGCACUUGACCUGUAUGAUGAGUUCCGUAUAGACCAUUUUCGUGGAUUUGCCGGGUAUUGGGCUGUUCCUUCGGAAGCAAAGGUUGCAAUGUUUGGAAAAUGGAAGGCUGGACCAGGGAAAGCCUUCUUUGAUGCCAUUUCCAAAGCUGUUGGAAGAAUUACCAUAAUUGCUGAAGACUUGGGAGUUAUAACUGAAGAUGUUGUUCAAUUAAGGAAAGCUAUCGGUGCUCCUGGAAUGGCUGUUCUGCAAUUUGCUUUUGGAAGUGACUCAGACAAUCCUCAUUUGCCUCAUAAUCAUGAGCAAGAUCAAGUUGUAUAUACUGGAACACAUGAUAAUGAUACAGCUGUAGGCUGGUGGGAAAACUUGAAGCAUGAAGAGAAGUGUACUGUGAAAAAGUACCUUUGUACUGUGGAAGAGUCGGAAAUCUCAUGGGCCUUGAUUCAGGUUGCCAUCUCUUCAGUUGCCAGAACUGCUAUUGUACCGAUGCAAGAUAUCUUAAGCUUGGGAAGUUCUGCUAGAAUGAAUACUCCUGCGACCCAGCUAGGAAAUUGGAGUUGGAGGAUACCGAGUUCCAUAAGCUUUGACGACCUGAAGCCUGAAGCAGAGAAGUUAAGGGAUAUGCUCUCACUGUACAACAGAAUAUGAAGCGGAGGCAGGGAAUAAUCUCUGAAAACUCACUGAUAGAGAUCAUACAGUGGUAGAUUCAGAAAAAUUUUCUUGGGCAGGGGAGGGGGGGGGACUAUAAGUAUCUAUUUAUAGAAAUAAAUACAACUCAAUUCGGAGAUGUAUAACCAGUGAUAUGAAUGUUUUUACAAGACCAUCAAAACAAUUAGCAACAGACUUAGAAACAUGCACAUAUGCUGAAACUUGCACGGCUCACAACUUUUGAUUCUGUUAUCGGAAUCACUAUUAUAAUAUAUUUUCAGAAAGCUCUUAACA